CUCGGCGGGGCCGGCCGGGGAUGCCGCGGCGCGGCCCGCGCCAUGUGGUACAUCAUGCAGAGCAUCCAGAGCAAGUACUCGUUGUCCGAGCGCCUUAUCCGCACCAUCGCCGCCAUCCGCUCCUUCCCCCGGGACAACGUGGAGGAUCUCAUCGGCCGGGGCGCCGAUGUGAACUGCCUGCACGGCACCCUCAAACCCCUGCACUGCGCCUGCAUGGUGGCUGAUGCCGACUGCGUGGAGCUCCUGCUGCAAAAAGGAGCUGAGGUGAACGCCCUGGAUGGCUACAACCGCACAGCCCUUCACUAUGCAGCAGAAAAAGAUGAAACCUGUGUGGAGAUUUUAUUGGAGUACGGAGCCAACCCCAACGCUCUGGAUGGCAACAAGGACACACCGCUGCACUGGGCGGCCUUCAAGAACAACGCCGAGUGUGUGCGGGCCCUGCUGGCCAACGGCGCCCUGGUCAAUGCACUGGACUACAACAACGACACCCCCCUGAGCUGGGCGGCCAUGAAGGGCAACCUGGAGAGCGUCAGCGUCCUGCUGGACUUCGGCGCCGAGGUGCGCGUGGUCAACCUGAAGGGCCAGAGCCCCAUCUCGCGCCUGGUGGCGCUGCUGGUGCGGGGCCUGGGCACGGAGCGUGAGGAUUCCUGCCUGGAUUUGCUGCACAGAGCCACGGGACACUUCGAGCUGCGCAAGAAUGGGAGCCUGCCCUGGGAGGUGGCCCGGGACCCGCAGCUCUGCCAGCGGCUGACGCUGCUGUGCUCGGCACCAGGCACGCUGCAGGCGCUGUCGCGCUACGCCGUGCGCCGCUCGCUUGGCCUGCGCUUCCUGCCCCAGGCCGUGCAGCAGCUGCCACUGCCUGCCUGCCUCAAGGAGUACCUGCUGCUGCUCACCUGAGGGAGGGACACCCACCCUUCCCCCAGAUCACCGCUGGCUCCUGGGAGAGGUUCCCCGCUCACUUCGCGACUGGCCGGGUUUCUCUCCGUGGUUUUUGUUCCUCUCGGCCACCCGGAACCCCGCUGGCCCCUCAACACUUCCUCCAUUUCCUCCCCCUGUCCCGUCCAUUUUGUCUUCUCAUGGUUCCUCCUCUCUGUCUCCUCCAUUUUUCCCCCCGUCCCCUCCACUUCUCCCCCUGUCCCCGCUUUCACCCUCCUGCAAUGAACAAUAUCCCUCUGAUGGCAAAUUAUAUCCCAGCUGUUGGAUUAAUCUGUUUUUCCCUUC